AUGUCGGCGUCUCUCGGGAACUCGCGCUGGACUGUUAAGGUGAAUUUUGAGUCGGAUUUGUUCUGUAUUCAGAGUCUUAACGCUGAGCUGGCAGAAAUCCCGUCCUAUAUCGCUAAACUGAUAGCGGGAUCUUUUGUGUUGUGCUUUAGCAUUUUUGUACAGGAGGAUGUUGAGCUGAAGCUGGUUAGAUAUUCAGUAAGUUCAUCAAUCUUCUGCUCCGCCGAUGAUGACUAUCACAUGAGCAGUCACAGGUGCCGGAGGUUGUUUAAGCAGUGCAGGAGUGGAGAGGAGAGGCGAGGCAAGGGGAAUGAUUCGUCUAAAACACAAUCUGUCCGCCGCUGGAGCAGCUACUCAAUCUGCCACAAGCGCCUCUGUGUGGAGAAGAAAGCGUUUGCCAGCAGAGAUGAAGAGGAGGGAGAGAGUCUGAAGCGAGGUGAAGACCGAGUUCGUGGCAUCCGUUUACGUCUGCCGCUCCUGAACUCCAGGAAUAACAGUAAAUCUUCUCUGCGGGAGGAUCCGGAGGCCGGACGAGGAACGGGUUUCCCCAGCAGCUCCCGUCCACAAAGCCACGAAUCCCUGGCUCUGGGCGAGCUGCUGUCUCUGCCUGAACACGAGCUGCCCCGUCUGACCGCCGCAGCCUCUCCGUCCUCGCUGCUGCCUGGAGACCAGUGCAACCUCCUGAGCAGCGACCCCUCGUCCCCUCCUCCGGCCCCGCCGCAUCCCGCCGCGCUGCCCCUGGGUCACUCCUCUCCCCGACCACAGCGGCUCAAUCCGGACGCCUCCGUGUCCAACUGCAGCCUGACCAACAGCCGCUCGCGUGAGAGCUUUCACAGCAUGCGCCGUGCAUCUUCGGUGGACGAUAUUGAGGCCAUGCGGUCCGAAUGGGACCGGAAGCACCGUGCUCGACCCACCAGCAGCAGCACGGGUGCCAUGAACAACAAAUCCAGCAUCCUGAACUCUACCUCUGAUUCGGAUCUGAUGCGUUACCGCGCCAUCAGUAAAAUCCCACAGAUCACGCUCAACUUUGUGGACUUCAAACCGGACCCUCUCCUCGCCCUCCCGGCCGGAGAAAUGGACAUCAUCGCACCCUGCAAACUCAUCGACCGCACACACAACGUCACCGAGAAAGUCACUCAGAUUGACCUGUUCGUCCUUCUGUUCUAAACGACACGAUUCACACUUUAACGUCUCUAAUGGCGAGAAAAGCAUCACCGUGAGAUUUUGGCACCCCCAGAUAAAGCGCCUUUGCUCAAGGACGGUUUUUGAAGGAAGCUGUUGAUGUCGGUCUGAUGUAAUGUGCUUUAUCUGGCAAACCUUAACUCCCUAAACUGCUGUUUGUGAAGAUGAAGUGUUUGAAUGC